CAACGUAAUUCACCAGAAUCCGUUGAGGAAACAGAACGGGGUUGCUGUCUCAGUUGCUGCAACGUACCUAUGCAUCAAAAUCAUCACAUAAAAAUCAACCCUUUUGCUAGCUAACAUUCAAAGGUCGUAUCUUUUCAUCAGAAGAACCUAACCAUCUUACCAACAACAACAAACAUCAACGUACAGUGGUAUUAACACCCGACGAGAGAAGAAAGCGUUGCCACCUAAUUCAUUCAUUCAUUCACUCUCGCCUAAUCUAUAAGAUGAAAUUAUAUCGAAUCGUCCGAUUGUUCCCAAGUCUCGUCAAGUUCCCCUGGCUGGCAUGUAUCAGCACAGAGAAUCUCAAACCAUGUCGCCGGCCGAGGGUCGAACAAUGAUCAUCGGCUCGGCCGGGUUCAUCGGCUGGUUCCUGGCCGAUGCAUGUCUCCAAUCCGGCCGUCCUACUUACCUUCUAGUCCGCUCCGGCCCAGGAUUCGCCUCUCGUUCGUUGAAGUCCUCCAAGAUCAAGUCCCUCGUGGACAGGGGAGCCACCAUCCUUCACGGUUGUGUGAAGGACGGGGAGCUGAUGGAGAAGCUGAUCCGAGAGAACAAGAUCGAGGUGGUGAUUUCGGCGGUAGGAGGGGACUGCGUCUGGGACCAGAUUCACCUGAUCAAGGCCAUCAAAGCCACAGGAGGCCUUGUCAAGAGGUUUCUGCCGUCGGAGUUUGGGCACGACAUAGACAGAGCAGAGCCCGUGGAGCCGGGGCUGAUGAUGUACAAGGAGAAGAGGAAGGUGAGGAGGUUGAUAGAAGAGAGCGGGGUUCCUUACACUUACAUCUGCUGCAACUCCAUCGCUGCUUGGCCUUACCACGACCACACUCACCCUGCUGAUCUCCUCCCUCCCUUGGAUCGCUUCCAUAUCUACGCCGACGGUUCUGUCAAAGCAUAUUUCAUUGCGGGGACCGACAUUGGGAAGUUCACAAUGAGGGCAGUAGAGGAUCCUCGGACUCUCAACAAGACCCUGCAUUUCCAGCCCCGGACCAACCUCCUCAGCAUCAACGACCUUGCCCGCAUCUGGGAGUCCCAGCUCGGGCGCAGCCUUCCUCGAGUCACCAUCUCCGAGGACGAUCUACUCUCUGCAGCCAAAGAAAUGCGUAUCCCACAGAGCAUAGUAGCUGCCCUGACCCACGACAUCUUCAUCACAGGGUGCCAGGUUAACUACAACCUCGACAAGCCAACCGACGUAGAGGUCUGCUCCCUCUACCCUGAUGCGUCUUUCAGAAGCAUCGACGACUGCUUCAAAGAGUUUCAUGCCAAGAUUGAUGAUAGUAAGCAGACGAGCAAGCCGCCUCCACCAUCCAGUAACAGCAACAAGAACGGGAUCAUACUCGCCGGUUCCAAAACUGAAGCUGUUUUCAUCACAGCCUGAAGCUGUCCUCUGGAUCACUAUUCUAUUCUUAGACUGUCAGUAGUCAAUAAGAAAGACAAACAAAUGAGUUGCUUGGUUGAUCGUUCCUCUUUCCUUUUUUCCUUUCCCUAUUCUGGACUCUAAUUGCUGGAAACAUAUGUAUUCCCAGCAAUUCUGUCUGUGUCAUCGUUUCUUUAAACUUGGGAUGAUUGUUCUCUGCAUUUCUGAUAUGUGAUGUAGUCUUGUUGCAUGUGCGUAGAGAGUAUUGCCUACUUUUGUAAUCAUAAGCAAGAAAACAUUUGUUCUGUACUCAGACGACUAACUGUGAUUCCUGCUGUUUAGUAUUAUCAAAAGAAAGUUCCUGCUGUUUACGGUUCAAUCAACACCAAACCAGAGCAUAUCAACAAUUGAAUCAAAUCAGUUCAAGCCAAACUUAACUUGAUCCGGUUUGAAUUCCAUAAUUCCUCUUAAAAGUAAAGAAAAGGUAGACCAAACCAAACCAAUACCAUUCACAGACGAAAUUCUUUCUCCAUCCAAACCAGAUUUACCAUCUCCAUCCAAUUCUCUCUGUAAAGACAAAGUUAGAGAUAAUGACAUAUAUGUCGUCCAGUUCAUGAGCACGAUGCCAUCACUGUCCAAAUUUCUGAGAAUCAUCAUGAGCAAGUACCACAUAAUAUAUGCCCUUGAGAUUACAAAACCACCCACUUGCUUUCUUGCACAGAUUCGACUAGUUAGUAUUUACAACUUUAUACAAGGGAACAAAAAGCAACUGGAAACAAACACCUCACUUCACUUGUGGUCCAGUUACUUACCCCAGUUAGAGCAUCUUCUGAUACCGUCAACUAUGCACCAUUCAUGUAUCACCAGCAAAGACAAAAAGGGGCUGUUGACAAACAUGUUAGAAGAGACGCUAGACAUCGUACACUGGCAACCGCUCCUCGAUGGAAACCCUACAGAUUGGGCACUUCUUACACUUCUCACAGCAUGUGCUGCAUAGAAUCCGAUGCCUGCAUGGAAGCAGUACAACAUUGAUCUCGCCUUCAAAGCAAACCCUACACAAUACUUUCUCCUGAAAAGUAUUUCAAAACCAAAUCGUCAUUUACCGAUCCACCACAGGGUUUUCGCUAUUGUUAUCAGAAGGAAGAAGAACGAAGGAGCUUCAUAUUAGCCCUAAUGGAAACCAAACAUCAUCCCUUUCGGAUAACCCCCUAUUAGUGAGGAAAAAAGAAAGAAAAUUUACAUUUUGAAGCCUCUCAAACUC